UGAAGGUUUGGAGUGCCCGGUGGCAGCGAUGAGUGGGGUGAAGGUGACAGCCCUGGGGCGUCUCUCCAAGCUGCUGAAAACCCUCCGGGCUGUGCCAGCACGGCCCUGCAGCCUGGCUGCCUGCUCCCGGAACAACGCCAGGAAUGCUGCCUUGCAUCCGCUGUGGCAGAGCCCGCUGACAAUUCCCGGAGGCACCCGCCAGUCUCCCAUCAACAUCCAGUGGAGGGACAGUGUUUAUGAUCCCUUCCUGAAGCCUCUGAAAAUCAGCUACGACCCCACCACCUGUCUUCACAUCUGGAACAAUGGCUACUCCUUCCUGGUGGAGUUUGAUGAUUCUACUGAUAGAUCAAUCAUCGUUGGAGGCCCCUUGGAAAACCAGUACAGGCUAAAGCAGUUCCACUUCCACUGGGGAGCUAUCAACGACUGGGGCUCAGAGCACACAGUUGAUUGUAAAUUUUACCCAGCAGAGCUGCAUCUGGUGCACUGGAAUGCUGUGGAGUACCCGAGUUUUGAGGAAGCUGUGAUGGAAGGGAAUGGCCUGGCUGUUAUUGGAGUGUUCUUAAAGCUGGGAGCACGGCACGAGGGGCUGCAGACCCUGGUGGAGGCCCUGCCAGCAGUCAGACACAAGGACACUGUGAUCGAGUUUGAUGUCUUUGAUCCCUCGUGCCUGAUCCCUUCCUGCCCUGAUUACUGGACCUACGCUGGCUCCCUGACCACUCCCCCCCUCACUGAAUCAGUCACGUGGAUCAUUAAGAAGAAGCCAAUCGAGGUGGAUGAGGAUCAGCUGGAGGCCUUUCGGACGCUGCUGUUCACGUCGCACGGGGAGGAGGAGAGGAGGAUGGUGGACAACUUCCGCCCGCUGCAGCCGCUGAUGAACCGCACCGUGCGCUCGUCCUUCCGCCCCCAGCUCAGCCCCUAGCUAGCUGCACAGCACCCCCAGCCCGGGCUGCACAGCAUUUUCCAGCAUUUCUCCUUCCCUCCGUGCCCUUCCACUGCCAGUGCUCCUUGACUGUCCCCAGGGAGGCUGUGGGGUGUUGCACUACGACACGAAGUAACUCGCACACGGACGCUAGAUGUGAAAAGGGGAAAGAAAAGAGCUUAAAGAGAGGAUUUUAUUUUCUGGCUCCACUCUCUAUAGAAUAGUAAAAGUGGCAGUGGAUUGGAGGGUGAAAUUCCCACCUCUCCAACUACACUGGUUAAGCUAACAGUCUAUCAGUUCUCUCUACUUACAAAGAAGAAUGUAAAACAAUCAUUAUUUCAUUGAAUGGUGUGAGAAGAUUCAGUAGAAAUAUGUCAACAUCAGAAGGCAUAAGAAACUUUUAGAAGAACUUUAAAACUCUCAAAAAAAACAAAGUAACAGUGGGGUUUCUUAGUUUUGCUUUUUUUUUUUUUAUGAAGUGAGUAAUAUUAACCCUUAACGAAUUGAAUCGUUCUGAGGCAGGGGUCAAGAAGGAAGUACUAAGACAGUUAAAAAUAAGGAUAGGAGAGCUGGUCCCCUGCUCCUGCUCUGAAUUGCUCUGGGUUUCUUCAAAUGCUCUUUCAGUGCCUUGCAUGAAUUAAUAAUCCUGGGUAAAAAACGUUAAGAAGCAGGAAGUGGGAAAAAAAGAAAAAUAUCAGUACUUUGGUAUCAGUACAGGACUGAUCUGGUCCUUUUGGGGAAUUGUUUGAUGUCUGGGAAAAGAGCUGGAAGGGAACUAGCUUGUCCCAGAGACAUUUUACCUUUUUCCUUUCUCUUUGGAUGAGAGAAGGACAAAAAUGACAUUCCAUGUUUGAUAUGGGUGCCACAGAAUGCCCACUGUAACUACACCAGGAGCCAGAAGACUUUUUCUAAAACCUUUUAAUAACUGUAGUAGAAGCUUUUGGCUUUGGCAGCUUUUGUUUGUGUUAAUAAUCCAUCAGGAGAAGGGAGGAGAAGUGAAUUCACCAGUACCUCAAGACUGGCAAGAGCAGCAAAUUAAGUCAAAAUGUCCAGUUGAUGCCAGGAAACUGAUCACAUCAACAGAAGGCAAGAUUAGAUAAGGCCCAGCUGACCCUCCCAGUGGGAUUAGGAGGGCAAAAACCCAAACCAAUUCCUCCAACCAGUGCUAGGAGAGUGUGGACAAAACACAGCACUGAGAAAGGGCUUUUAUUUCAGUAACUCACAGAGCACCAGUGCUCUCUUCAAAGUUUUGCCUUGAGAUGUAUUUUCCUAUAAAAACACCCAGCUUCAGGAGCAGUGGGGACCAGUUUGUUUUUAUUGCACCUUAUGGUAACAAGGUCCAGUGGGGGUUGGGAUUGAUUUGUGGACCAAGCAGAGCUGCUGUGUGAGCUGCCAGCUCCGAGCCUUUCCCAGGAGCCCCGGGGAUCACUGACCUCUCACAUCCUACUGAACCUAAUUUUCUCUCAGGCACCUUUCUCUCUGGCCCUUCAUGCUCUGCUGUAUUUAGCAGAUUAAAUUCCUGCACCACAUUUCUGAUGAGGAGCAGCUCUGUCUGUGAUCUCCAUGGGUCCAGUCUCUUUCCUCCCUCUGAUUCCUGGUGGGAUUCAGUGAAGCCACAAUGCUAAAUCCAAACCUUUCCAAUUGGUACUUUGGUUUUUUUUUGAAGUCCAAGUAUUCAGUUUCAAAGCACUUUAACACUUUUCAGCGUGACCCUGAUGAUUUUAAGGGUUUGAGAUAGUGCUGAACCAGCUGAGUGCCCAGAUCCUGCCUUUUCCUUCCUCUCUAGCUCUACCUCAGGCUGCUGUUCUGGUGCCACAGUUGUGCCUUUGUCCCCUGCAAUGUGGCUUCUUCAUUUGAGUGACUCUGGGUGCUGAAAGGAAGGAAAUCUCCCUCUAUCCCAGUGUAGGAUAUUUUUCCUGUUGGGAAUUCAGUGGAGCUCUUUGCUUUCACCACUUCCCCCAAGCCCUCCCUGCCUGGGGGAACAUUUCUGUUCUGGUUGUGCCAUCUCCCUUUGGAUGGAGCUGGGAUUAUCCUGGGAUGGUGGAAGGUGUCCCUGCCAUGGCAGGGGUGGCACUGGAUGAGCUUUAAGGUCCUUUCCCACCCAAACCAUUCCAUGAUUUUCUGAUUCCAUGAUCUCAGUUGAACUCUGCAGGCUUUGCCAUCAUCACACAGAUUUUUGGCUACAAAUCCACAUCAGUGAUGAUUUUGCUGCAGAAUGAUACAUUCCAAAACAAAGCUGGAAGGAAUAUCUACAGUCCAGGGAACAGGAAAAGAAUUAUUUUACUUUUUGCCUGAAUAUAUAAUAAUUAUGAUCCAGUCAUUAAAUCUGAGAUAUUUAUUCAGUGCUGUUCUUGCAGACACUGGAGAAAGAUGGCAGCAGCUCAGAUAUUUUCUACUCAUUAAUAGAAAAAGUUGUAAUACAAAGAGAUCUUAAUGUUGCCUUUUAUUUAAAACCAGAGCUGUCUCAGCAGCACUGGGCUGUGGAUGCAUCAAUCUCCUUAUCACUUAUGAAUGGAUCUUUUAAAAAGCUUUUGUAACUGCUUUUGUAAUUUCCACUGAGUUUUUGGAUUUCUCUGAUCCACUGAGGAGAAUCACCAGCUGAUCCAGCUUUCCCAACAAACCCAAAACCCAGAUUAUUUUAGGGAUCUGCCAGGGUGUAACUGUUUAACUUCAGCUGCUCUGGAGUUCUGUAGCAGCCUCACGCUCACUGAGUUCUCCAUGGUUUGCUCCACUCAAUCAGAUUUUCCCUCCUGGAUGUGUAAAUCCCUUUUGAACCACCUGCAUCCAUCAGAGGGAAUGUGGGAUAUCCCCUUCCCAGUGAUCCAGUUAAAGUUCUCACAGAGAUUUAUUUAAAGUUCUGACAGAGAUUUACUUUGUUCAAGUAUUGCCAUGGAAGCUUUGUUAGGGAACAGUGAAUUACCCAGUGAUACAGUUAAGCUGUGUCCAUAUUUCCAUCAAAUCACACCUGUUAUUACUGACAUAAAAUGAAGAAAUUCCAAUUUCAGCACUGAUCACUUCAAAUACCGGGAAACAGGGUUAAUGUAGAUAAAAAACAACUCUACUAUGCUACAAAAAAAAAGUUUUACAUGGAUUUUGUUACAUUUAUUUUGCUGUUUCUUGAGUCCUGCAUUUAUGUGUAGUGUUUUUAGCAUCUCCUUAAGGCAGGCAGGAGCUCAGCUGCAGGCAGAUUGUUGGAAUUAAUCUGGAAAUGAACAUACUGAGGGUCUUUUGUUUGUUUUUUUCCAAUUCUAAUUUUCUGUUACAAUGACUUUAUUGACCUUGUGAAUGUAAACUUUAGGAAAAUAAUUGUGUUUAAAUCAAGAGAUGGGAUAGAAUUCCUGUGCCUUAUUCUCUCAGUUCUGUGUGGAAAGAUGAUUUGAUUGUUGGGUUAGAGCUGAUUUUGCACAAUUAAGUUAAAAAGGAAUCUUUGGGCUCUUUUGGGUGGCACAGUACACAAAAGGGUCAAAGCACAUAUUUGUAUUUUCCUUGCAAAAGAGUCACUUUAUUAGUAAAUACUGCCCUGGGAGGCAUUCCUGGGGCAGCAAGACCCAGGAAUUAAAGACUGUCACAGGAAUAAUUCUGGGACAACUCCCUGCAAAGGGAGGAGAAGGUUUGGAGGUCUGUGCUGGUCUGAUUCCAGCUGCCUUUCAGGAUUCCUCUGGAAUGCUGCUCUCACCUUGUCCUGGGUGACUCCACAGUGGGGACAACUUCCUCUGAGGUUGGAAUGUUUGAUCCCUGUUCCUGCAUUCCAGAACUUUCACUCUUCAGGUGUUCCUGCCCACUUUUGUGCUGCCUUUUCUGUCAGGAACGACAGGAGGGUCUCCCCUGGUUUUGGAAGCUCCAGAAUUGGAGUUUGCUUUGAUCUCCACAGGGUUUUAGAGGACUGGAAUUCUGCUUUGCAUGAAGGGUCCCCUCAUGCCUUAAUUUGGGAUGUUUUAAUUUGUAUUUCCUGACACAUCUUGGCUUUUCUUUUUUCUUUGUGCAUCUCGUUUUUGUGGCCUUUAUGAUGUUGUGUAUUUAAUGUGUGUUACCUGUCUGAUCAUAACUGAAAUCACUGUCUGCAGACAGCACCUGGAACAGGGAAUGCUUUAUGUUUUCCUGGGAUGCAGGCCCUUCCCCAGAGUUUUUCCCUAAUGUACAGAACCCUUCAGCUGCAUUUUACACUGUUACAUUAGUGUGCAACUACAAUAAAGGAACAGAGAAACCCA